AGUGUCCAAGAGACAUUUUUGUCCCUGAUGAUAAGGAAAAAUGUCUGGAACAGUGGGAGCCCUAAUCGUAUUAUUUUACAGUAUUGCAGAGGUAUCGCAAUCUGUCCACGUGAUCCUCACAGCCACUGUCGGACAGAACGUCACUCUGCCAAGGUGAUCGGAGUUGAAGAGUGGAACAGAGCAGACCUGGAGGAUCAGUAUGUGUUUUUGUUCCUAGACGAUCAUACUGAUGCAGCCAAUCAGCAUCCAUCUUUUAAGGGCCGGGUGGAUCUGCAGGACAGGCAGAUGAAGGAUGGAGACGUGUCUUUGAUUCUGACCAAUGUGAACAUUAAUGACACUGGAACAUACGAGUGUCGUAUCAAGACAGGAACAAAUCGCAAGAGGAGAGCUCAUCUGAAGACCGACCCCAUCAGCAUCAUCUACCUGAGUGUUGUUGAUCCUCCAGGUGAGUGAGUAGCGUUGAGUGUGUGUGAUCAGAGGUGAAGCUGCUUCCUGGCUGCUGAUGUUUCUUCUAGGUUCGGGCACCCAGGGCUAACUUUCCAUUGUCUGGAUUCACUUAACCUUAUACUGUUUAGUUAACCCAGAGUUUCCCCACUUAUUCACAAGAAAGAAGUCAGUGAAGAUGUGGCAUUUUCAGAUGAUUUUGAACCAAAAUUUAGAACAUAACCUGCUCCUGAUAGUUUUAGUUUUUAUUCUCUGAGGUGCAGAUUUGGUGCUGUUUAACUUAGUCUACAUAAAAAUUUUCAACAGAUAUAAAAUCAGCAAGUACGUGUAGAUGUAAUGUUUUUGGAUCAUAUAUUAUUGCUUAUAGAAAGAUACAAUUAGUGCAACAUUGCGUGCUGUGAAUAAAGUAAUAAAAAGGGAAAUUUAAUGCCUUUAGAUCCUCCUGCUCUCCUUGCAUAGGUUCAGGUGAUCUUCCAGGAAUGGUGAUGCAAUUUUUGGAAUUACUGAUUGGUCAGUAGGGGGUGAUUUUGUAUGGAUUCUGUUCUUUUCUUCACUCAUCACCUACCUGACAGCUGACACACCUGUUUCUCACCUGCAGGCGAGCCAGGAGGAACUGCUGGACGGACAGUUGGUCUGUCAGUGUUUGCGUUCUUGUUGCUGUUCUACUUUUGAAUUCAAAUUUAAAAAAAAAAAAAAAUAGAAAACAUCCUCUUGGUGGUAAGUUACAAGUUCAAAUGUUUCUGGUCUGUAAAUCUCCUGCUGGUGUGAUCAUGUCAUCAUGCUGAAUGACUGAUCUGAGGACAGAAGAAUUUCUAGAUUCAAAGCACAUCGUGAAUGUUCACUGUGAACCUCAAUAAUUAGUAGAAAAGACAUGUUGUUGAGGGUGUUAACAAAGUUUCAAGGAUUUCUGUUCUGUGCAGAGAAAUAUAUGUGACAUCUGGAUAAGGUUGGGUUCAGUGCUUUUCUUUGGCUUUAUUUGGAUGUAUCUUCUGACUUUUAGCUUUCAAAAUCAAACAUCUAAACCAUUAUUCUCAAAACCUGUUUAGAAACUUUCCUCUAAUUUUAAAAACUACUACAUACACAUGCUAAUGUGUUGUUUGGUAUGUUCAUGCUGUUUGCAAACAUAUGUACUUAAUCGAUCUGUAAGUUAAAAAUAGUAGUGGCACAGCCUGCUUAUAUAAAUAAAUAGAAGAUAAAUAUGAUUGUAUGUUUACUAUUAUUAUAUGUACUUUAUACAUAUAUAUACUUACAUAAUUUUAGUGGAUUUGCAGCCAAUCUGAAUCAUAUAUUAAACUGGCAUCUUAAUGUAUCAGCUAUAUGAGCAUAAAGUUUUGCAGCCCAACAGAACAUUGUGUGAUUUACCCCAAAUAAAGACCUUCCUAACUACCCUGAAUGAUUCUGCAAUCUGAUUAUUUCAAGGCUGGAAUGUGGAUCUUUCAAACUAAGAUCUGAGUGUGGGAGAAACCUGAGAGGGACAUAGGAGAGGGGCUACAUUAGAGUACCUUCAAUGGUAUCCAUAAAUGAUGCCUACUUACAGACUCUCUGUCUCCCACUAUCUAUUUCCCUGUUUGUCUGCAACAGAGGCGUCCCCACAACUUAAUGACUUGAAGUGCCAUAGGAGGUGAACACGAGGCUUAAUCAGGGUGCCGUCAUUGGCUGACAUCAGAUCAAGAAUCUGUGCGUAUAGCCUGAAAAGUGAAAGUGCAAGUGUCCCAGAAAGUCUUCUCUGUUGCGUCUGUUGGAAGUGCCAUGAUGUCUGGAAAAAUGGGACUGAUGUUAAUAUUGAUUUUUAAUAUUUUGGAGGCGUCUUCUUCUGGUGAGUUUUUAAAUGUAUCUCUAUUGCAUUAGUAUACAGAGAGAGAUCAAUGUAGACAUAUUAUCUGCUAUAAAGACAGGUAUAGUUCAUUGAUUGUAAGUAAAGUAGCAGCAGCAUUUAAAGUAGUGUGUACAGCAGCACAGUAAGAUGCACUUUUAAUGUCCAGUGUUCAGAAAUAUGAGUCUGUGUGUGCGUGUGUGCCGCACAGUGAUGCAGGAUGCGAGGACGCUUUCCUCAGCACACAGUAGAAGAUGUGCACUUCCCACCUCUCUCUCUCUCUCUGAUGCUCUCACUCACUUACUGCAUCACAGGAAUUUCCAGGGAGUUUUUCUUAACUGUGAUGGCAGAAAGAUGACCAAGGAUUUGACAUGAAUGCUUUUUAAGAUGAAUUAUCCAAACAGAACUGGGAUGCGGUUUGUGAGGAGUUGGAUAUUAAUAAAGUAAAGCAAUGCAGUU